AUGGUUUCUCAAUAUACAUUUGUAAUGGCCUCUUACCGAGAAAAAAAGGCGGAUCCGUCGGAGAUUAUGCAGCUAGACGGCUUUACUGUUGAUUACUGCGAUUCCCAACCAGGUGAGUAA